GCUGUUUCCCUGCAGCAUCAGAACUUCAACGAUUGAGGCGAAAAUAGCGUUGUUACGGCCUUGUCCCUCGUUUCAAGUAUCGAGCGAAAGAGUUCUACAAUUGAUUGAACAUGGAUCCUGAUUCUCCACAUCCCGUUCAUGAGCUUCCAAACCCACCUUUGUCGCCAAGAAAACGCCGUCAGCUCCUUCGCGAAUCAGAGGACACAGACGGACUUAUGACGGUGGAGACUUACAUCGUCAGAUCAGAUCCUUACCGUUCCAGUACCCUGCCAAAUCCACCACCAUGGCCACUUGCAUUCGAUGAUCCUCCAAGCGAUGCUCUCAAGUUGGUUCAGGACUCCCAUUCGACGAUUGUUGGUAUUCUGACUAGGCAUGGGUUUACCGAAACUGAUGCAGCUAUCCGUCUCAGUGCAAUCCAUAAGCCAGGAUAUCCAGGCAACCAGGAUGCCACUCUCCUGCUGCAGAUCUUAUUUCAUUCUGAGGUCCCGAGACGUUUGGGACCCGCAACGGACGAGAUUCGAGCUUUCUUCCAACAUCACCGUUUCAACAGUCAGGAGAUUCAUGUUGAAAUUGCUCGCUCUGACCUUGUUUUCCAACCGUCUCUAUUCGCUAUUGACGCUGAAAAUGAAAUUAUACCUCACUUCGAGCACAUUAGGGCUGACUUGGUUACUUUCCUGCAGACAAGGCUAGGCGACUCCUGGAGGAUGCUCUGUCUCUGCCUUGCCGGCCGGACUGAGGAAAAAGCGAAGCCAACUAUUGUAGUCAUGGUUGAUCCGUAUACUUCUGGAGAUUGGUCAAACAUCCUCAGCGAAAUGAAUCUCAUCAUCCGAUCCCAGGAGAGAGCUACCUUCGCAGUUGAGUUUCUACCAGGAUCAUUGCCCCAGAUCAAUUCUACGGAAGAUUCGGAGAAGGGCGAACUUGGUGUCUCCUAUCUUAAUCGGCUGGACACCGAGAGUCCACUUGAAAUGGGUUGUUCGAUCGGUGUGUGUGGGAAAGAAGGCGGAGGAACUAUGGGGGGUUUUCUGACUUUAACCAGUGGCAGAUCAGUUUACAAAGGAUUUUUAACAAAUUACCAUGUUGUGAGAAAUCUGUCAGAAUCCCCAGAGGCCCUUGCAGAAGCGGACCGUUUCGGGGUGUCUCCAAACAGAGGGACUACCGGAGGGGACGUAUUUUAUCUUGCAAAGCAAGAUAUCAGUGCGACACAGCAAGAUGCUGAUGACAGCAUAAAAGGACUUCAACAACAGCUUCAAGAAUUCAAGUCCGAACAACACGACCGAGAGGUAGCUGGGGCGCACCAUUCCAUCCGAAUCCAGAAAGGCAUAGAGAACUCUGAGAAAAAAAUCGAAGUGUUUGAAGCAACACGAAAGAUAGUCGAUUCGAUGCCAAUUAACAUUGGCCAAGUCCGAUUCGCGUCAGGAAAGGCCCUCGUCCAAGACAAGAAGCGUAUCAUGGAUUGGGCAUUUGUCGGAUUAGCGAAGUCGUCGCUUAAAUUAUUUAAACCAAAUCGCAUGCCAACCGUCCCGCUUUCACAGGAGCCUAGGCAAUACGGCAUCGAUAGGUCGGUCAGUGUUCUCGCCUCACAGCCAUUGGAUUCGUUCGGGAAGAUCACAAGAGGCUCGUAUUUUUUGAAAUCGGGCAGAACUACCGGUGUUACAGCGGGGAUAUGCAACGGCGUCCUUGCUACGUGCAAUUGGUGCGAGGAGGACAGGAUGCGCUUUGAUUCUCAGGGGAAUCAGGUUGAAAUACGAUCUGGUCAGACGGAAGAGUUUAUCAUCUUUAGUAAGCGAGCUCACAUAGCCCGGCAUGAGCAGACUGAAUUUUGUGCACCGGGGGACUCUGGGUCCCUGAUAAUCAAUGAGAUGGGUGAAGUUUGUGGACUCCUUUACGGUUCCGUGUCCCUAUUCUGUAGUCCUGUUGGGGAGCAGUCUUUUUACGCUAGUGCAGGGUUGGUUAUGACGAUGGACGAAGUUACAGAGUCCAUCAAGAUGAAAAUGUCCUCUCAGGGCCUUGGUGAUGUUCCUGCUAUUGGUCUUGGGUUGUAA